AGUGCAUGGAUAGGCUGCCGUUGAAAUUUCUCCUUAGAUUUCAGAUUUUUACAAUUUCAAUUAACAUUAGCAUUUUAUACAAUACAUUAGGCUGAACUUAUUUCCCACGAAAUCUUGUACAAGGGAAUUUCAACACUUGUUUUCACCGCAAAUGCUCUUGUGGGUGUUCCUCAAUCUUUGCCAUUAUUUGCUCAGUGCUUCGAGAAGAAGAUGAACGAAACAUGUAAGUUAUUCAAUCAAGAGAUAAGGCUGGACAACGGCGACGGCUGGGCAUUUCACUUGGUUAUCCUCUUUGACAUAAAAUCCAAUGUUGUGAUACAUACACUGGCCGAUAUAUAUGACGGGUCAUCCAUAUUUCGCUGUGCCUAAUUUUCCACCAGAAGGGUGAUAGAGCCUGCUCUGACGUCUGCAUCAGAUAUUGUCCAUUGCAUUUUUUUAUGGACAUUUUUUCCUCACUGACUUUGAGUUGAGAGAAGCAAAUGUACAUCAUCAUCAGCAACAAAAGGGGAAUGAAGAUUUAUGUUUUAUUUUUUUUACCCACGCCUCCCCUUUCACCCCCAAACAUUUACAGCUAAAACAAAUUCUUAAACACAUCAUAGCCUACAUUGUGGAACAAUCUCUAGCGCCGGAGCAUCGCUGGAACCAUGCCUCUUCUGCAGGUUUGGACUGGGAAAUUGCAACUGCCAAUUUAAUCAACAAGACGCUGCUGUUCUUUAUCAGACGUCUCUCAGUUUUUCUGGGCUUUUUCGUUUUUAAAGAAAAGGGCUUGUUAUUACUUUUUGAAAGUCUUGUGUAGGCUGUAAUGAGCAAGAUGUCGGAUCUUCUGGUGUUGGUUGAGGGGGUCUGUGACCUGCACGGAUUUCCAUAGCUUGGGAAAACAGCUUGGACCAAUUGAGGUUUAAACACGCAUUUUGUAUAAAGCCAUUACAUGACUAAAUGUAAUGUAUCAUUUUUUUCCAGCAAUUUAUUUGAAUUGCUUUUUUAAACUUUCUUUUCACAAUUUUCUUUGGACCACAAGCGGUUGGAUUAUUGAAACUAUAUAAGGAUUUGUGGAAAUGUUGGGUCCUCAAGAAGAUAAAUUAUGUGGAAUGUUCUCUGCUUUGGCGGCUCUGUCCUUCGUUUGCUUUGUUCAAAGCACCUCCACUGGACAAACCGGAAUAUCUGUGGCCAAGGCCACGGUGGACAAGUUGCUGAAGGGGUAUGACAUCCGUCUAAGGCCUGAUUUUGGAGGUGCCCCAGUCAUCGUAGGAAUGAGCAUCAACAUCGCUAGCAUUGACUCCAUCUCAGAAGUGAACAUGGAUUACACCAUCACAAUGUAUUUCCAGCAAAGUUGGCGAGACAAGCGGUUGGCAUACGCUGAGCUGCCCCUCAACCUGACUCUGGAUAACCGCGUAGCAGACCAGCUGUGGCUCCCAGACACCUAUUUCCUCAAUGACAAGAAGUCCUUCCUGCAUGGCGUGACAGUGAAGAACCGUAUGAUUCGACUGCAUCCUGAUGGCACCGUGUUAUAUGGGCUCAGAAUAACCACCACAGCAGCUUGCAUGAUGGAUUUGAGGAGGUACCCCCUCGACGAACAGAACUGCACCUUGGAAAUCGAAAGCUAUGGGUACACCACAGACGAUAUUGUGUUCUACUGGCACGGAGGGGACAAUGCGGUGACAGGGGUGGACAAACUGGAGCUUCCCCAGUUCUCCAUCGUGGCGCUUCGGCUGGUGUCCAGGGAGGUCAGGUUUACCACAGGUUCCUAUCCCAGGCUAUCACUGAGUUUCAGGAUUAAGAGGAACAUUGGCUACUUCAUCCUGCAGACAUACAUGCCCUCCAUCCUGAUCACCAUCCUAUCCUGGGUCUCCUUCUGGAUCAAUUACGAUGCCUCUGCAGCUCGGGUGGCCCUUGGUGUUACAACGGUGCUCACCAUGACAACCAUUAACACCCACCUUAGGGAGACCCUCCCAAAGAUCCCGUAUGUGAAAGCCAUCGACGUCUACCUCAUGGGCUGUUUUGUGUUUGUGUUCCUGGCCCUGCUCGAAUAUGCCUUCGUAAACUACGUGUUCUUUGGCCGGGGCCCCCAGCAACAGAAGAAAAUCCACGAGCGGCUGAACAAAACCAACAACGAGCGCCCGCGAUACGAAGAGAAGCGCCUGAGAGAACAGGACUCCAUUGCCACGCCGUUUCAAACCAACACCCUCAGGUCAUAUACACAGAGAAGAAAUCUGUACCUCGAGGAGCAAAGAAAAGUUGGGGUGGACGCAUACGGGAAUAUCCUGCUCACCACGCUGGAGAUGAAUAAUGAGGUGAUGCCGUCAGAUGUGGGAAGUAGCGUCAGUGACUCCCGGAAUUCAGUGAUGUCAUUCGACAGCUCCGGGGUCCAGUUCAGGAAGCCCAUGGCUCCCCGGGACGGCUUCAGCCACCACUCACUGGACCGCAGCGCCAUGCGCAGCAGGGCCAACUGUCGGCUACGACGGCGCUCCUCCAAGCUCAAGCUGAAAAUCCCCAAUCUGGCAGAUGUCAGCACCAUUGACAAAUGGUCCCGGGUCCUUUUCCCCAUCAUGUUUGGAUUUUUCAACCUAAUCUACUGGUUGUACUAUGUGAAUUGAUGUGCAUCCCACUAGGAAUCAUGGGCCAUAUUUUGAGAGCACAUUAAAUUGGCUUUGAUACAGUUGGAAAAUAUGUAUACACAUAUACAAGUUGAUACAUACAGUAUGUAUAUGCAUAUUUCUAUAUAUUAUAUUUAUAUAUACACGUGUGUGUGUGUGUAAAUCUGAAGGACUUUUCUCCUGUAUAAAGUAUUAUUAGAAUGACUUGAAUGUUUAAGAAUAAUUUCAAGCCUUUGAGUUUCCUUUUCCUUGUGAAACAAACAAACUAGCAAAGAAACGAACGAACUAACAACCAUCAGAUCCCUUUGGGGGAUUUUGGAACUAAAGACUGCAUGAUAUUUUUGCUAAAAAAGAAAGCGAAAGCUCUUGAGAGAAGAGAUGUCUCAGUCUCAUUGGCUUUUUAUUGAUACUCCGUAAUCGGCGUCCUCUACUGCAGCUCAUCAAAUCAGGUGACUCGUGUGUUCAGGCAUCGGCUGAGUCAAGUCCCUAAUAUCCAGCCCCCCCCCCCCCCAUUUCCCAUGGAUAACAUACACGGAAUUCUCCGGGUUCGACCCUGUACAGCAACCUUGUUUGGAUUAUGUGUCGUUCCUUGGCUUUUUUUUCGAGUGACGUUGUUCUCUUUAUGGGACAUCGGCUCUGGUACAAUGCUGGUCUGCGUUUGGGGGGCCAUCAGGAUGGGAUGUUAGACCACUGCGUUUCUGAGUCAGUGCAAAACCUCUCUUCAUUUCUCUAUUCAUGUUUGUUUUUAGAGCAGUUCCUUGGGGUAUUUUCAUUAUGGUUAUCCAGAUGAUGAUUAUUGUAAUUAUUAUUUCGUCUUGAAAAUACUGGGCUUUUGGGAGUGUGUCACUUAACGAGGUUCUAGUUAGUGCAUUACUAGAACAAAAAGUCACAGGUAUGAAUUGCUCAUUUUGAUUGUUUAAAAAAUAGACAUAUAAUGUACAUUUUGUAAUUCAGUAUCCUCGUGGACAUAGUUGGCAAAUAUAAUUGUGCAUUUUUUUACCAUCCUCCUCGUGCUUCACAUGCUCUGUAGAUACAGUCAUUAUUGCCUCAUAUUCAGCUUUGUGUUCUGUAAGGAAGAAACGAUACCGAGAAUGAACACAUUUGAAGUUAUUCCACUAUAAAAAUGUGAGAAACAAUAUUGUGUAUUAAAAAAGGGAUAUCGCGAUGGUUUAUUUGUUUGAGAGUGAAAUCAACAUAUCAGCCCAUAGUUUGACCUGUAGUUGAAUGUAAUACUCUCUCACUUUGAAACAGUUUUCACCCAGAGAAUGUUGGGCACUGAUAUUAUAGUUCCUAUGAAACGUGCCUGUCUUAAAAUUUGAAUGGCCGUGUUCUCAAAUUAGCUUUUUUAGUUGCGGUUGUAGCGGGAUUAGAGGAAGAAAAAUAAUCAACCUCUCGCAUCCAUUAGCUCUGAAAACACUGCAUAUCUACCACCCUUUAAAUGGGCUCUGAGGAUCACACCCCAAAGAUCAGAAACAUCAGCAGAAUCGGGAACAUUUGGUUUUCAGUUUUUAGGGGGCAAGACUAGAUGUGUGAUAAAUAUAGCCAUGAACUAAAUUGAGAACCAAAAAGGCCUAGAAUCCCUAUGUUAUUUUUGGCUUUUGCUCUUAAUGUCACUACAUUCCAUCUGCUCAGAUCCACACACUAAUGAGAUGUCCACUGCAGAGUUGAUGCCAUGCCAUUUUGAGCCACAGUGUACCUUUAAAGGACAACCUUGUUUUUCAUUAUUUGGUUCUGCCUAGAGUGAAGAGAAGAGCAAAUGCAUUCAGGCAUUUCAGUUUAAACUGGCAUUUACAGGCUAUCUCUGUGUUCAAACUAGCAUUGCAUUGAUUCAACAAUGCAGUGCAGUGGAUUUGAAUAUUCAUGCUAAGGAAUGACAAUUGCGGUUGUGAUUGAAACAUGCAGCACAUUGUUGAAUCUACUGGGUUUGCAUGGUUAUCAAAUGACAUGGGGUGACAGAGGGAGGAAAAGUUGCAGGUCAGAUGCAGAGGUAGCCAAACCAAGAGAUGGGGUUCUUUGGACGUUCCAGAGGAUAAGAGAGGAGAGAAUGUUGAGAGCAUCACAGUUACUGCCUUGCACAUUGCAGUGACCAAUCUCCCUAGAACUCACUGAUGGGCUCCCCUAAGUUCCAAGAGCUUGUCUCUCCAACGUCUCCUUCCCCUGGCCGGCACCAGACAGGAAGGAAACGGACCUUUAACUGGGAGCCCCGGGCCCCAUGGAGGACAAGCACAGGACAGGAUGCACCACGGGGCAGAGAGAGAGGAGAGACAGGAAGAAGGACAAAGAGCGAGAAACAGAGAUACAGAAAAGGAGAAAGAUCAUAGUGUGGAGCAAAGAAGAGAUCUUGGAUCCUGACGCUUUUCGCCCCAGUGAGUUGGAUCCCACUCCAACGUUCUACCUGUAGUUGAUUGUAACCGGAUCUGUAUCUGGGAUACUGUAGCAUACUGUUGUCACUGGUUACAAUGUUACGCCACCAAUGACGGCUCGUCUCUGCAACAUAUUUGAGAGAAAUGAACCAGAGUUUGCACUAAGUCCAACCUGCAAUGCCAGGUUACACUACAGCAGAAAAUGAAGCAGUACAGUGUAGCUAUUGAGACUAAAGGUUGAACAAAUGAGUUUCUGUUUAGUCUAAAACAUAAUCAGUGGAUGAUGCUAAUCUGUAGGGGGAAGAAAUACUGUAUGACGUCACUUGAUGUUACUCAGGAACCUGGUAUCAGAUUUUAAAGACCUUCCGCUUCUGCUCCCUAGUGAUCUAUGUCAAACUAGUCUACAUAAUACUUCAUAAACAUGGCAUAACUCUUGUUUUAACCAUACAUCUCCUUUUGGCCAACGACCCCUGUGGUGUCACAUAUAAGGACUUAGGCUUGCUAGUGUCAUCAGGAUUUCUAUGAAUGGUUUUGGUAUGGAUUGUGUCAUGGUUAAGAUGGCCUUAUAUGGGCUUUAGCCUAUAGAAUUCAUAAGUAACUAUGUGUAUUUAUGUUGUAUGUACUGUCAUCACUCACUCAGUCACUGAGACACCAACCAGCUGAUCAUAUUGUCAGAGUAGCAGUAGAUGUUCAACCAUAUGAUCAUAUUGUCAGAGUAGCACUAGAUCUUCAACCAGCUGAUCAUAUUGUCAGAGUAGACUAGAUGUCCAACCAGAUGAUCAUAUUGUCAGAGUAGCACUAGAUGUCCAACCAGAUGAUCAUAUUGUCAGAGUAGCACUAGAUUUCCAACCAGCUGAUCAUAUUGUCAGAGUAGCACUAGAUGUCCAACCAGAUGAUCAUAUUGUCAGAGUAGCACUAGAUGUCCAACCAGAUGAUCAUAUUGUCAGAGUAGCACUAGAUCUUCAACCAACUGAUCAUAUUGUCAGAGUAGCACUAGAUGUCCAACCAGCUGAUCAUAUUGUCAGAGUAGCCCUCGAUGUCCAACCAGCUGAUCAUAUUGUCAGAGUAGCACUAGAUGUCCAACCAGCUGAUCAUAUUGUCAUUGUAGCACUAGAUGUCCAACCAGCUGAUCAUAUUGUCAUUGUAGCACUAGAUGUCCAACCAUCUGAUCAUAUUGUCAGAGUAGCACUAGAUUUCCAACCAGAUGAUCAUAUUGUCAGAGUAGCACUAGAUGUCCAACCAUCUGAUCAUAUUGUCAGAGUAGCACUAGAUUUCCAACCAGAUGAUCAUAUUGUCAGAGUAGCACUAGAUGUCCAACCAUCUGAUCAUAUUGUCAGAGUAGCACUAGAUUUCCAACCAGAUGAUCAUAUUGUCAGAGUAGCACUAGAUUUCCAACCAGAUGAUGAUAUUGUCAGAGUAGCACUAGAUGUCCAACCAUCUGAUCAUAUUGUCAGAGUAGCAGUAGAUGUUCAACCAGAUGAUCAUAUUGUCAGAGUAGCACUAGAUCUUCAACCAGCUGAUCAUAUUGUCAGAGUAGACUAGAUGUUCAACCAGCUGAUCAUAUUGUCAGAGUAGCAGUAGAUGUUCAACCAGAUGAUCAUAUUGUCAGAGUAGCACUAGAUCUUCAACCAGCUGAUCAUAUUGUCAGAGUAGACUAGAUGUCCAACCAGAUGAUGAUAUUGUCAGAGUAGCACUAGAUGUCCAACCAGAUGAUCAUAUUGUCAGAGUAGCACUAGAUGAUCAACCAGCUGAUCAUAUUGUCAGAGUAGCACUCGAUGUCCAACCAGCUGAUCAUAUUGUCAUUGUAGCACUAGAUGUCCAACCAGAUGAUCAUAUUGUCAGAGUAGCACUAGAUGUCCAACCAGAUGAUCAUAUUGUCAGAGUAGCACUAGAUGUCCAACCAUCUGAUCAUAUUGUCAGAG